AUGGCUACGACAACAGAGGAGCUACUCCAGGAGCUAUUGGACCAGAACUCCAUCACCGAAGUCCAAAACCUCGCAAAAACAACCACCCCCCUCACAGAAACCUUCAAGAAGCACACGCUAACAAUUAUCAAGAAACACAUCGCCCCAGAAGCCUGGCACGACGCCCUCGCCUGCGUCGACCGCCGCCUCCGGACCAAGAAGCACAGGGCCGCCUUCGACGCAGACCGCCAGAACGGCGCCCUCGCCGACCCCGAGAACGAAACCCACUGGGACCUCGCCGACCUCUGCGACCUCGUCCGGAUCGUCGACAGACUCCUCCUCCACGUCGCCGACGUCGGCACCGUCGACGCGCCCGGCCGCGAACACGACGACCUCGAGGCCUGGGAGGCGUCCUGGGAACACCGCCGCCCGGAUGUCCCGGACACGGAGGAGUACCACCCCCUCGGCGACGAGCGGUGGCAGGAGAGGGACCACGGUACGGAGCACCCCGAGAACUUCGCGCACGCCUUUGCGCGGCAUGUCAGGUAUAACGCGAGUAACGACACGAUCCUCGGCUACGAGGGCGUUCCCGUCAGCGAGACGACUCGCCCGAGGUUGCAGCGCGCUUUUUUUCGUCUCGAGUUCAUGCGUCGCGCGUAUUACUCCCGUCCGCUUUUCCCUCGCGGCGCCAAGUGGCAGAGCCGGGACUCCACGUUCGAGAAGGGCGAGGCGCAGGGUCUCGCUGGCGAGACCUUCGAGACGCGGCUGGAGAGGGCGGAGAAGAUCUUUAGGGGAUGGGGGAAGGACGACUUUGUCGAGAUCAUAUGCGCCUUCAAGGCCACGCUGCACUUGUACGCCGUCCCCGUGAGCGAUAUGAUGGCGCAGUUCGCGGGCCUCGCACACAACGCCACGAACAGCUGGGACGUACGUAGGGCGACGGAGUAUCACCGCAAGCACACCACCGAGCUGGAGGGAAACGCGCGGGUGGUCGGCCUGCAGUGGGAACGCAACCCCUUGAACGACGCAUCCGUGUUGCCGCUCUGGGGCAUCCGACCCGACGCCGAGUUCCGCGACCUCCAGCUGCGGCUCCACGCCGAACAGAGGGACCUCCUACGGUUCAGGAUGCGGAGGCUCCUCCCCCUCGGCCGCGGCGAGUUCGACGACCUCGGGUGCACGAUCUUCAAGACGGACGUGAUCCGCCCGGCGCACGAGACGCGGAGACGAGGGGGGAGGGAGCAUGACGUCCUUCCCGAGGCGCUCCCCGACGAGGAGAUGUCCAAGUUCUUCCACGCGCUGUGCAGCCUGCCGCUCAAGUUCCUGGAUACGUUCAUGGACAUGUCGACGAAGCGGAAGAACCGGUUCCUGAAGACGACGUACCGCGCCAUCGCCCGGGUCAAGGCCUCGCACGCGCCCAUGUUCCUGUCGGGGGAGGUACGCGCCUGGAUGAGCAAGCCGGCGGACGAGAACGGCGGGCGCCACUGGGACUACGAGGCGAAGCGGCGACUGUUUCCCGAGCUCUCCGUCCGGUACGCCGUGCUGGCGUGCGUGGGAAUCACGUACAGGCUCUGGAACCACCCGUAUUCUGGGUGGCUCGUCCAACGGGAUGCGAAUCAGCGGUAUGUCUGGUGGUGGGAGAACGUCCCCGUGACGCCCCUCGCGUGGGCGAGGAUCCGGUCUGCGAUCAAGUACCGGCCGUUCGACAUCAACCCGGUCUUCCUCAUGAGCGACCGGAGCUGGCAGGCCGUCUGGCGGUCGAGCAGGCGGUACGAGCGACAGUUCUGGACCGGGGUCGAGAUGGGGACAGUGCGGUGGGAGGGGUACGGGCAUCCCGGGCGGCUGGAUCCGAACGAGUGUUACUGCCAUGUCGGGGAGGGCUGUGCAUUGUGUACGCCGCUGCCUCGGCCGGAGGAGCCUGGUGUCGAGUGGGAGCUUUUCACUGAGGAUGAUUGGGAGGCGGAGUUUGAGUUGGAGAAGCAGCUACAUGCCGGGGUUCGACCGCUGGAUGAACUAAUGAACUAG